AUGGGGCCGGGCGCCUUCUCCUGCCCGAAGGACUGCCAUUACUGCCCGAAUCAGCCCGGGGUCGCGCGGUCGUACCUCCUGAAGGAACCGGCGGUGCUGCGCGGGUUUCGCAACCGGUGGGAUCCGAUCCAGCAGUUCUACGACCGCGCGAGCGCGCUGGAGAUCAACGGGCACGUGGUCGACAAGAUCGAGCUGAUCAUCCUCGGCGGGACCUUCUCGUUUUACCCGAAGCCGUACGUUGAGGAGUUCCUCGCCGCGUCCUUCUACGCGGCGAGCACCUAUUACGACGCCGUCCCCCUCCGCCCGGUGCAGGGGAUUGAGGAGGAGAUCACCCUCAACGAAACGGCGCGCUGUCGGAUCAUUGGGGUGACCGUGGAGACGCGGCCGGAUUACAUCAACGCCGCGGAGCUCCGGCGGUUUCGCCGCCUCGGCGUUACCCGCGUGCAGCUCGGCAUUCAACACCUCAACGACGACAUCCUCACGAUGAUCAACCGCGAUUGCCCGACGAUUAAAACGGUGCACGCGAUCCGGCAGCUUCUCGACGCGGGGUUCAAGGUCGACGCGCACUGGAUGCCGGAUCUCCCGGGCAGCAGCUACGAAACGGAUCUGGAGAUGUUUCAGACGCUCUUCUCGCCCGAGAACGAGUCGUUUCAGGUGGACCAAUGGAAGGUCUACCCCACUGCGACGGUGCCGUACACGAAGAUCAGCGAGUGGUACCGGGAGGGGAAGUACAAACCCUACGCGGAGCUUGAGGGGGGUGCGUAUAUGGUGAAGUUGCUCGUCUACAUCAUGGCGAACUGCCCGUAUCGGAUCCGCCUGAACCGCAUCGUGCGGGAUAUCCCCACGAGCUACAUCAUGGGGGGUGAGAAGCGCUGCAACCUCCGCCAGCUCAUCGAGGCGAAGAUGAAGGCGGAGCGGAUCGUCUGCAAGGAUAUCCGGGAGCGGGAGUGCAAAGGCCACCCCCUCGUCGACCGCUCGCAGGCGAAGCUCUUCGUCGAGGAGUUCCGCGCGAGCGAGGGGACGGAGUUUUACCUCUCCCUCGAGGACGCCGCGCGCACGCAGCUCUACGGCCACCUCCGGCUCCGCUUGCGCGACGACGCCGCGGAUCCGCGGCGGUCGAUCCUCCCCGUCCUCGUCGGCUGCGCGCUGAUCCGGGAGCUCCACACGUACGGCAUGCUCGUCGCCGUCGACGCGCCGAAUCGCGGGAACGCCGCGCAGCACGUCGGCGUCGGCGCGGAGCUGAUGCGGGCCGCGGAGGGGAUCGCCCGCGCCCGGGGCUUCCGCGCGAUCGCCGUCAUCGCCGGGGUGGGGGUGCGGCGGUAUUACGCCCGCCUCGGCUACGCGCUGCGGGAGACGUACAUGGUGAAGUCCCUCGACGACGACGCCGCGGCGAUCACGCAGGAGCAGGUGAUGACGGAUACCGACAACAACCCCGAGCCCGGGGGGUUCUUCGGCGCCCUCAAAAGUCUUUUCCGCCGCGUCGGGGGGACGUAG